AUGGGAGACGUCCAGCAUUCAUUCCAGUACUUCGCGUCACUGCGCAAUCGCAGUAUCAUCCCUCUCUUGACAUCCUCCGGGACGCUCCCGUCAGAACCCAAUCUCCCUGACCCAAACAAUGUCCAGGGAGACAUCAUUUAUCAAUUCCCCAAGCUUGCUGAAGCCUUCAUUUUCUUCCGUAUCAGCGAUGUUGCGCAAUUCAAGAUAGCCCUAGCUUCUUUCCACCCAACCCCUGGCUCCCAGGUCUUCAACAACCUCUCCGCCAUCCGUUCCGCCAAACUCGCUUCUGGGGUACAGCGCACCCAAAUCAUCAAGAUCGUACAGACACAGAUAGCAUUCACUCGUGCAGGUCUAAACCUACUCGGCCAGCGCGAACCGAUUGGAGACGAUCGUUUCGACACGUUCUGCAUGAGGGACAAUAAGACGUACCUUGGGGAUGGGAUGCCGUGGGACAGUGUCUUCGAUAAGCCGAACUCGGAUCCGGUGCAUGGAACUGCGAACGAGGACGCGGGGGCUAUUCAUUGUGUUGUUAGCAUUGCUGCAAAUGAUGUACAGGAAUGUCAAACGGAGAUAGAGGCCUUCAAGAUAAAGUUCAAAGGUGCUAUCAACGCGAAUGAGAUCACAGUAAUUCAGGGUAAGGCUCGACCUAAUGACCAGAAAGGACAUGAACAUUUUGGAUAUAUGGACGGGAUCUCUCAGCCUGCAAUGAGGGGCAUCAUCGUCCCCAACCCAGGUCAAAUCCAGGUCGAUCCAGGGGUCAUUAUAACGGGUUACGAAGGCGACCCCAUGCUCAAGAAACGCCCAGACUGGGCAAAAGAUGGAACAUUUAUGGUGUUUCGUAAACUCCAACAGCUGGUUCCCGAAUUUCACAAGUACUUGAACGAUAACGGCCCACGCUGGAAAGAGUUCGUGCCAAAGGUGGACACGACGAAGCAGCUCACGGACAAAGAGGGAGCGGAGCUUUGGGGUGCGAGAAUUGUUGGGCGGUGGCCCUCCGGUGCCCCGAUCGCAAAAGCACCUGUCUUCGACGAUCCAGCGAUGGCGAAAGACCCGAAAAGGAACAACGAUUUCAAUUAUACGAUCCCCGGUAUAGACUUCCCCACGGAUAAGCACUGUCCGUUCACAGCUCAUACUCGCAAGACUGCGCCGCGUGAUCUCGACCCAUUCCUUGCGAAGAAAUUUCUAGAGGGUGGGUCCAUCAUUCGAGCUGGAAUUCCUUUCGGCGAUGAGGUUUCCCCUGAUGAAGAAAAGAAACAAACGACAGAUCCAGAUCCAAACCAUUGGCGUGGGCUUCUUUUUGUUGCCUACCAAUCUGACCUGAAUUCGGGAUUCGUGCGUCAAACCGUUCAAUACGCAAACAACGACUACUUCCCAUCUGUUUCUUUCAUCCCUGACGUACACGGCCAAGAUCCCAUUCUCGGUGGUCCCCCUCACCCCCUGAGCGAUCCUGUGAAGAUAAACGAGAAGCAUCCUGUUGAAUCUGGAGACCAGGUCGAUCUCCAAUUUCUCAAUGAGAAUGGGGAUACGCUCGAGGUGAAAGGGUUCGCCACCGUCGCAAGACGCGGCGCUCAGCCUCCUCCAGGCAUUCCUCAGCAGUUUUUUGUUAACUCGAGAGGAGGAGAGUACUUUUUCGUACCUUCUAUCAAGACCCUUAAAGCCCUUGCGACGGGUGUGAUUUGA